AUGCCCACCUCAUUGCACAAAACACGCAAAAUCAUCGCCAAGAAGCGCGGAGGCGUCGUAAACUCCCUGCACGCCAAGUCGCGCGACUCGAUGCGUCUGCGCCUGGCCCACGCCCGCGAUAUCAGACUGGAAAAGCAGGCCAAUGCCAGAGUCAGAAAGGAAGAGCCCAUUGUCGACCGCAUUGAGUACUUUCACAAUUACCUCAAGGAAAAAGACGUCACCAGAUUGGAGCUUCCCGAGGUGCAAACUCUCAUUCACAACUAUGUUCACCAGCAUGACGAAGAGUUCAACGAGGUGAAAAAGGCUCGUCGUCCGGGCCGACCCGCCAGCACCCGUGAGGAUCAGCUCAAGAGAAAAAUCGACACUCUUGAAGAGGAGUAUGAAAAGGGCUUCUUGAUUCCUGAUGUCUUUGACGAGGACAAUGGCAAAAAGCUCAUGGGCUACGAGGGCUCAUGGGCGUACAUUGCCACCAUUGCCUGGUCCAAGGUCUCCAAGGCGGGCAAGAUCAGCAAUGGCGACUUUCCCUCGAAGGGAAUCAUCAUUUUCUGUCUUGUGACGGAUAUCGGCGUUUUGGAAAUUUCUUAUGGCCUUUCUUUCGCCCUUCUUCAAGUCCAAAUAGAAGGCGCCGUCGCGCAAGGAGGUAAACCCGCGGCUUCCGUGCACCUGAUUAAGGUGCCGAGGUGCCAUGUGUUACAUUCCGGCGUACACUCGGUUCCAUUCAACAACUCUUUUUUAAACUCGCACAAGCCAUUCAGAAGGCUUGCAAUUUCUUUCUCGCGAUGCUCGUCUAUUAAUGCUGCGGCGGCGGUUAGCCAACAAUUCCUCGAAUGA